AGCCGUUGCGGCCGAGAGGCGCGGCCAUGCCCCGGUAUUACGAGGACAAGCCGGAGGGCGGCGCGUGCGCGGGCGUGAAGGAGGAUCUGGGCUCAUGUCUGCUGCAGUCGGACUGUGUGCUCCAGGAAGGAAAAUCCCCUCGGCAGUGUCUGAAGGAGGGAAACUGCAAAGCUUUGAAAUAUUCAUUUUUUGAAUGUAAAAGAUCAAUGUUGGAUGCCAGAUCAAGAUUCAGAGGAAGAAAAGGAUAUUGACACUAUUAUGUUGAAACUGAGAUGAAAACAACACGGGACUUUUUCUGGUCAUUAAAACAGAGAAGCCAAAAUAGGAAACAUACUUUUUCUCACAUCUGUUUGGUCAGACCAGUUUUUCCUCCGUGGGACACUGGAGAAAUGGAUGAGUUCUAGUUUUGAAUAUGUAUAAAUGAUCCUCUUGCUCUAAGUUAUUUUUAGAAGAAAAAUUUAAUGGAUGAGUUAUGAGCUGGGAGUAUGAGAAUUGUUCUGAAGCACAAAGAAUGGAAAGGUUGUUAUUUUCAAACCUGACUCCUCAAUCAAAUGACAGAAUUAGUACAUCCUUCGUGAAUGUUAUGAGGGCCACUGAUGGGACUGUUAAAAUGAGAAACAUGGAGCCUGGGGAGAAGGUGUCUAUUGGGAAAGUUUAAGAGACAACUUUCUGUUAUUCAUUCUGUCCUGUUUACUUCUAAAAUAAACUGUUUGAUUCCUGGGA